CCUUCCUUCUUCGCUCUGCCUUGUGUGCGUGUGUGUGUCUCGUCUCCUCUCUCUCUCUCCUUUUCUCCCUCUCCCUCCCCAGCCUGUGUGUGAGCUGCGAGCACCGCCGCCGCCGCCGCUGCCCUUUGAUCCCUGCAUUAGUGUUAGUUAGGGGCUUGGAGACACACAGGGAGCAGCCAUAGACACCGCCGCACCAGCCUUCAUUAUUGGCACCGCAUAUGAGCACACACUCUUCCCCUCGUCCAUUAGAUCCAUUUCCAUUGAGGAAUAUUGCGACCGGGGACAGACCAGGUGCACGACCGGGGGGCAGAAAAAGAAAAGGUGGGGGAGGAAGGGCAAGGAAAAGGGGAGCGGGGAAUCCCUUCUCCUUGGCUCCAGGAAAAGCGGCUUUCUAACCGCCUUCCCCCCCCCCCACUUGCCCACGAGAAGAAAAGCAACCUCUGCUGGGCAGCUCCCCUUGCCCCGCUUUGUGCCUGCCUCUGUCCCUCUUUGGGAUUUUUUUUUUCCUUUGGUCUCCCAUUAAACCAAGGAGGAGAAUGUGAAAAGGGGGGAAAAUGCCCAGGAGGAAGCAGGAGCAACCCAAGCGCCUCUCUUCACAUGGUACUAGACAGGAGGAAGCCGAAGAGGAACUUAGUGAAGAAGAGCAUUGGUUUGGGAACUCUUCAGAAACCCCAUCAGAAGCAUCUUAUGGAGAAGUCCAGGAGAACUUCAAAUUAUCCUUUGAGGACAGGAUCCAAGAGCAGUCCACAUCUCCAGACACUUCUUUGGGGAGCGGGACUCCUAGUAGCAACACAUUGGAAUUGGUAGCAGUUGAGAAUGAGGCCAUAAGAGAUGUAUUACAGAACAGGGAACAUCUCUCUUCUAGCGUAUCUUCUAUCUGUGAUGAUGAUAAUCCUGGGCCAAACAAGCCAUUGAGUAGUAAUUUGAGACGUCUGCUGGAGGCUGGUUCUCUCAAGCUAGAUACUACUAUCACAGUUAAUGGCCGGGUUGAGUCCCCAGUAAAUCUUGGCUCAAAUAUCUCUUUUUCUCCAGCUACACAUCAUGCCCAGCAGCUAAGUGUCCUUGCAAGAAAGCUAGCUGAAAAACAGGAACAAAACGAUCAGUAUGGCCCAAACACAGGAUUCAUAUGGAAUCAAGGCAAAUGGUUGCCCAACUCAAUGCCCUCUUGCAGCUUGUCUCCAGAUUCAGCAAUCCUAAAAUUGAAAGCUGCUGCCAAUGCAGUCCUUCAGGACAAGUCUCUUUCUCGGACUGAAGAUUCAACAAUAAGGUUUGAAGCCUUCCCUUCACCAUUUAGUUCUCAAUCAGCAAGCUCCACCUUAGCUGCAUUAUCAAAGAAGGUCAGUGAAAGAAGCAUGACUCCUGGGCAGGACCAUUCACCGCCAGCAAAUUCUUUCCUUUCUCUCACCUCAAUGACUUCUUCAGCAGCCCUACUCAAGGAGGUGGCUGCUAGAGCUGCAGGCAGCCUUUUGGCUGAAAAGAAAAAGUCACUGAUUGUAGAAGAUCCCCUGCAGCUUUCAGACAUGAAGCAAGAGAAAGUAAUUCCACCACAGUCUUUGGAACUAUUGUUACUCCCAGCCCCUAAAGGAAGAGCUUCUAAAACCACAAAUUCAGCCUCAGAAGAAGAAAGUGGGAAACCUUUCCAAUGUCCAAUCUGCGGCUUGGUUAUAAAAAGGAAGAGCUACUGGAAACGGCACAUGGUAAUCCAUACAGGCUUAAAAAGUCAUCAGUGUCCUUUGUGUCCAUUUCGUUGUGCACGAAAAGACAAUUUGAAGUCACAUAUGAAGGUUCACCAACACCAGGACCGGGGAGAGACAUUUCAGUGCCAGCUGUGUCCAUUUACUUCCUCUCGCCAUUUCAGUCUGAAACUCCACAUGCGUUGCCACCAACACUUUCUGAGGACAGAAGCCAAAGUGAAGGAAGAGAUUCCAGAAAUGGAUGUCAAGGUCUCACCACUACUGAGUGACAACUCCAGAAUGGGUCAGGAGGUAGAUGGAGGAACAGACCAUGUAGGGACUACUGCUGCCUCUAGAUCUCCUGAUGUACUUGGGCAGGUCGGAACUACCAUCCCACCUCUGCUAGUCAAAGAAGAACCCAAAGAUGACAGCAGUGCCCCUAGCCCCUCUUUAGCCCUCAACGUUGUUGAUAGAAUUGCCAACAGUACAAAGCUAAAAGACUCCAUUGACUUUGUGACCAAUACAGCAUCAGCACUUUUCAGUCAGGAUAUAUCAGUCAAGAUGGCUUCAGAUUUUCUCAUGAAGCUUUCAGCUGCAAAUCAAAAAGAACCCUUGACACCUACAUUUAAAGUGAAAGAAGAACCGAAAGAUGAGGACAGUGCAAGCUCCACAUUGUCUAAAACCAGUUAUGGUUUUAGUCAUGAACCUGAAGUAUCUGCCCCAAGUAUUCCUAAGGAGAAUCCCAAACCACAAGAAGUGCCAGCAAAUUUACUGCAACAGGAUAUGUCAGUCAAAGCAGCAUCUGAACUUCUCAUGAAAUUAUCAGCGGAAAGUUGCAAGGAAUCCAAGACAAUAAAGAUUAAAGAAGAGCCAAUGGAAGUUGAAAUUCAUGACUCCCAUGCCUCUGUUUCACCUAGCCAAAAUGUCAGCUACAGCACUUUACUUAGGCAAGAGAUAACUGAACAGGUACAAAAGAUCCCCGAAAGCCGUGUGGUUCCAGAGAGAAACCUCUUUAGUCAAGAUAUAUCUGUGAAAAUGGCUUCAGAAUUACUUUUUCAAUUGUCAGAAAAAGUGAGCAAAGAGCACAAUCACUCUAAAGAUAAUACCAUCACUAUUACAACUAGCCCAUUUUUUUCUGAAGAUACUUUUAGACAAUCACCAUUCACUUCGAACUCAAAAGAUCUGUCUAAUGAGAGUGCUGUUCAGGGAAGGACAUCAGUUCUAGAAACGGAGAAUAUAGGACUAGAAACUGGAAAUGGGUUGCCGUCUUGGAAAUUUAAUGACCAGCUCUUUCCUUGUGAUGUAUGUGGAAAAGUGUUUGGCCGACAACAGACGUUGUCCCGACAUCUCUCCCUGCACACAGAAGAGAGAAAAUAUAAAUGCCAUUUGUGCCCAUAUGCUGCUAAGUGCCGUGCUAAUCUGAACCAGCAUCUGACUGUGCAUUCUGUGAAGUUGGUGAGUACAGACACUGAGGACAUUGUCAGCGCUGUCACAUCUGAAGGCAAUGAUGGAAAGAAGCAUCCUUAUUACUACAGUUGUCAUGUGUGUGGAUUUGAAACAGAGCUGAAUGUCCAGUUUGUCAGUCAUAUGUCGCUUCAUGUGGAUAAAGAACAAUGGAUGUUUUCUAUUUGCUGCACAGCCUGCGAUUUUGUUACCAUGGAAGAGGCGGAGAUGAAGGCUCAUGUUGCCACCAAGCAUGCAGGUGAUAACCUCUCUCUGUGUCCAGGUGAAGAAAGGAAAACACCCAGUGAUUCAACCAGUCCUUCUUCUUCUUCCUUGUCAGCACUUAGUGAUUCUGCCAAUAGUAAAGAAGAUGCAGAUAUCAGCCCCAAACCCAAGGGAUCCAAUAACCUGCUAGUUAUUUCCGUAGUGCCUGGUAGUCAGACUUUAUUAAAUGCGGAAGAAAAAUCAGAGAAAGGUUUUGAAUGUGUUUUCUGUAACUUUGUCUGCAAAACAAAAACCAUGUUUGAGCGCCAUUUGCAAAUCCACCUGAUUACACGGAUGUUUGAAUGUGAUGUGUGCCACAAGUUCAUGAAGACUCCUGAGCAAUUACUGGAGCACAAGAAAUGCCAUACUGUCCCCACUGGUGGGCUCAAGUGUCCCUUCUGCAUUUAUUCUACAAACCGUCCCGCAGCAAUGGAAUGCCAUUUGAAAACCCACUACAAAAUGGAGUACAAGUGCCGGAUCUGCCAAGCAGUGAAAGCCAAUCAGCUCGAGCUGGAAAUGCACGUUCGAGAGCAUCGCCUUGGCAACCACUACAAGUGCGAUCAGUGUGGCUAUCUUUCAAAGACUGCCAACAAGCUGAUAGAGCAUGUGCGUGUGCAUACAGGGGAACGCCCUUUUCACUGUGACCAGUGCAGCUACAGCUGCAAACGCAAAGACAAUCUCAACCUGCACAAGAAACUCAAGCAUGCGCCCCGGCAGACCUUCAGCUGCGAAGAGUGCCUCUUCAAGACCACCCACCCAUUUGUCUUCAGCCGCCAUGUGAAGAAACAUCAAAAUGGAGACUGCUCUGAAGAGGAAAAAAAGGGGCCAGGUGUGAAUUCUACGGAAGCCAGCCCCCUGCUCAUGGCCAACAGUUCCCGCAGCCUCUUGUCCCCUCUCUCAGUGAUGUCAGCCUCCCAUGCUCUACAGACAGUGGCCAUGUCAGCCGCUCAAAGUGGCGGGGCAGAGCCAAACCUGGCUCUGAGGGCCUUGACCAUAAACGGCACUUCCCUGUGCUUUGAUAAAUACCGGAACUCUGAGUUUGCCCACCUCAUUCCCUUGACCAUGUUUUUUCCCAAAAACCACUUUGAAAUCACAUUCCAUUCACCUCAACCACAGACCCUACGCUUGGAUGAUACUUCGUCGAAGCACUCCUUCCUUGCCUAUCUCGGACUAACAGAAAGAGCAGAAGCUCUCUAGGACAGCCUCCUCUGUACCAAAAAUCCUCCACACCGCACCCCUGACACACCCACCAGACUCCAAGCAGGUUUUAUUUCAAACCAUAGAUCCAAGAGUUUGGCUGCCCAACCAAUUGUACAAUAUAUCGUUAGUGGUAAGUUACAGCAAAGAAAAUGGCGCCACUCGUCUCCUUAAUACAUGGCCAUGAAGGCUGCUUUGUUAAACCUUCAGACAGACGACCUCCUGCAUAUUUCUACUUUCAGAGGCAUGUUUCCAUACUCUCACCUGAGAAACAUUUUUGUCUCUUUUAAGCUGAACAAGAGUGUCCUUAAUGGCAGUCAGCACUAGCUAAGAUGACCCUUUGAUGCAUUUGACUUUGGGUUGUGAAUCUGAGCGUUUCUAAAAAAGAGUCUGUGUGCCAUGGCAUUGCUUUUGCACAUCCUUUUGUACUGGCUUAUUUAAUAUGAACUUAAAAAGCUGCCUUAUGCUGCAUCAGACAGUCCAUCAAGCCCAGUAUUGUCUAUUAUGAUUGACACCAGUUCUCCAGGAUAGAAGUCAUUUCUAGCAGCUGCUUCCUGAGAUUUCUUAACUAGACAUGCUGGUGGCUGAAUCUGGGAUCUUUAUACGUACAAAGCAUGUGCUCUACCACUGAGCUGUAGCCCCACCCCUGUGAAAUAUUGCAGUCAUCCAGGCUUGCUCACCUUGCCUGCUUCUCUUUUACUGCUCAGUUUUGGAAUGUAAGAACAGCGAUCAAGAAGAACUAGCUUGGCAGUCAGUCCUGCUGGGAAUUUGCUAUGUUAAUAGCGGCUAGGUUAGUCUCACAUCUUGAUCAGGGCAAAAGCAGAAGAGGGGAAAUUACUUUAGCCUUGCAAGGUGAUGCUAUUUCAUAUAGUAACUUUUUUCUUACAUGGAGAUAUUCUGUAUGGCCAGUGCAUGUACACAUGUAAUAUGAAGGGCUUUUCUCUGUGUACACAUUUGGGUAGCCAAGUUUUCAUACCUGCUGCUCCGUGGAUUUAUUCAUGUUCUGACCCUUCCCAGCAAAGAAAACACUCCUAUUACCCUUGAAAUAAUACAGUCAAUGUGAUUAUCUCUAUGAAGGAAAAAAGAUAAUGUUUAAAGCAGUCCUGAAUACAUAAGAGUGAUGUAUGAGAAGGCAGCUAGAUUUAUAAACAAGUGCGUUGUAUACAUGCCCCCAAUUUGAUUGUUUGGUUACAUUCAUGUGACUUGGUCCUUUUUAAAAAUACUUUUGGAUAUAAAUACCCAAGAGCAAGGUACAUAUGAUAAGGCAUUUGUUUUAGACUGGACAUAACACAUUACAUUUAAAUUGCUGCUUUCCUUGGUCAGAUAACUGGAGGCAGAAACCUGAUCAUUUUGCCAACUUGCUUCUUCUAGUCAACAAAGAAAAAUAUCUGAUUCGAAAAUAUGUGCACUAUUCAAAUUUGACCAGGGCGACUACAGAAAAAUAUAGCAAACAGCCCUCAGGCCACAAAAUCACAUCUACACAUUCUCAGUUGGUCUGAAUGCAGUGGUUAGCUUAGAUUGUGAGGGUAAGGAUGCACAUUUAGAAGUGAUUAAAUCCAGAAGAAGGAAUUUUAAAAAGGAAGGAUUUCUUAAAUUCUGGGCAUUAGGGCUCAGACUAAAUAAAGGCAGGUUUUGCACAGUGGUUGAGUCUUGCACUAGUAUGUUUCUCACUAGCAAAAAAAAAAAAAAGUAAAAGUAAGAAACAUAUCAAAGAUAAUGUUUCUUUUUUUUACAGAAAAAUAUGUACAUUUGAAAAGUAAGUGCAAGUUCUUUCAAAUGGAAGCAGAAAAAGGUGCUGUUUAAUUAUAGAAUUCUCUUUUAUAUGUCCAACUAUUCAGCUAUACUGGCAACUUUGUGUUCUAUCCCCUUCUCGUUAUUUGUAUUCCUUUAUAACAUUUGCUAAUGCUUACUCAAGUAUACUCUUCUAGGAAGGUAACUUUAUAUUUUCUUAAGGCUCUUAUUUUUAGUCAUUAAAAUGACAUAAAUAUUGCACUUUAUUGCAGUAGAAGCAAAUGUUGCAUUCCUAGUGGUUGAUCUAAAAUAUUAACAUUUCCUAAGAUUUUUUUUAAAAUGCCCAUGCACUAAACAUUUACUAUAAAUCACUAUCAUAAAUGUUUUCCCCACUAAAGAAAUAUGAGGGAGGGGGGUGUUCAAAGAUCUCAAAUCAGAGAACAAGGAAGGAGAAAGCCUAAAUACUAGCCAUUUAUAACACUGAUAUAACAUAAGCAUGGUCAAAAUAAUGAAAGUUCAUGAAGUUUAAAUCUCCUAAGAAAAGUUUUGGGACCCUAUUUAUUGCACUAAAUUCUGAUAAAAAAUACUUUCAGAAAUUUUGGGAACUAUUAUCAAAAGGAUGAUUAAAAUAAGGUUGAUGUAAUGUGAUGAACUAACUGUGACAUUGCAAUGCCACUCAGGUGGCAUUGCAAUACUAUGCAAUAGUCAGCCUCACUUCUUGGAGCCUUCCCCAGCCGUUCAUCGUGCUGGCAGAGGCUGCUUCAAUGUGGAAACCCAAUGCACCCUGAAGACAUAAAAUAGAGGAAGGCUGAGUUUCUGAUCCUGUUCCCAUGACAUGAUUAACCAUGUGUCAAGUUAUAGUCGCCACCAUGUUGCUUGUGUGCAAGCAACAAUCAAGGAUGUAUCGGUCCAUGGGAUGGGAGCCGAUGUUUUAAAUUGGGCCCCUGUUGAGAGGGCCAGAAGACUAUUAUUUUCUGUUUUUCCUUUUUUUCACCUUACAUCAGAGUGAAAAAAUAAAUUCAGAGAAGGGUGUUUUUAUCCAUUUCCUACCUGUGCUUUUUUCCCCCCUGCUAUGGAAACCAAAUCAGCCAUAUAGAUGGAAUGUCUAGGGGGAAAAAACCUUCACAGGCCUCUCUAGAAUUUCAUCCUACCCUAGGCAAAAUCAAUGUUAAACCCAUGGCCAGCAGCAACAUGGCUAACCAGAGGGAUUUAAUUUAUUCUUUGCAAGCUUGCUUAUGGCUAGUUCUAAGUCCCUUGUGUCUGGUUGCUAUCUCAGUUAACCCAUAAGUUAACCCUGUUGGCCAGAUAAGUGUCAUGGGGAAAGGGCCAUUAAUAACCCCCUCCUCUACUUGUUUCCAGUGAUGCACAUCUUGGGAAAUAGGGCUCCUGCGCACCCUAACAACCUCAUGACUCCUGAAGCCUGGCAACAGAAGACUGGUAAAAAGUGGGAUGUGAUCUGGAAUGUGAAAGCUACAUAGUACUCUGUCAUAUGGGAGUAGCGCAGUGGCAGAUCCAGCUGUGCAACAGUAAUGGUGUUCUAAUAGUACAGGUGGGAUUUUGCAAUAAACAAAUGAUCUGGCCAAUUUCUCUUACCCAGAAUGUGGCUGCAACAGCAUUGCCAAAUAGUGAAUAAGAGUUUGAGCUCAAUUAUCUAAUCCGGCCUCCCCCAACCCAGUACCUUCCAUGCAUGCUGGAUUACAGCUUUCUUCCAUCCCAGACAGCAUACUUUGGCCGUGAUUAAAGUUACGCAUCAGUUCAUGUGGACGGUACCAGACUGAAGCAACCUAAGCUCUGGAGGUUUGGGAAACUUGGUUUGGGAGUAAUCUUGAAGCAAUUAUUUAGCUACAGUUGCCAUUAAAGUAUAAGCUUCAUAAAUCUCUUCAUCUGAUGAUUUUGGAAGAAAUGAAGUUAAUGCCACGCUCAUUAGGGAGCAUAAUAAUUUAGAAUGCUAACAAUUUGGCGGGGGGGGGGAUUGGAGAUUUCUUCCUACAAGUGGCUACUGCAGUUUAACUACAUAUAUUCAAGGUGUUUUAAGAUAACUUCCAAACAACCAGCGACCCUAUAAAAAAGAAAAAAACAUAAGUAUUGUGUCAGCAAGUAAGCUACGCAUGCAUAGGAAUGUUAUAAACAUGUUUGUCUGUAAACCAAAUAGUGCAAUAUACAUAGGGGAUUUCAAGGAAUGAGAGUAUUAUGAUGCUAUGAGCAAUUUAAUGCCUUGGGUUUAACCAGUUUCCUUUUGUAUUUGUUUGUCAUAGUAAUGCUUAAUGUAAUUGGGCAGCUUUAUUUAGCACUUUGACCACUGAAUUAUUUCUGGAAAGUUAAUUAUGCAUUGUUUCUGUUUAAGAGGAAAAAAAGAAUUUGAGGUGUUUUUAUUUUUUUAAGAAAAAAUAUACAGUAUUUAUCAAAGCCCUUGCAUACCCAAGAAUUGGUUUGCUGUUUGACGCUAAAACUAGGAAUGCUCACUAAUAUACCUUUUGCUUGUUAAAAAAACUUAAUGUUUGUACCAACAGUUCACUUUGUACCUGUUUUUCCCCACUAUGCACUCCUUAAAAUAGGCUGGCUUCUUGUUUUCAAUUGGUUAGAUUCUCAGCACCUUUCUUGCUUUCCCUUUUUCUUUAACUUGCUGUAUCAUAUUCAAAUAUCACACUGUCAAGGUUUGUGUACAUUAAUGGGAAUUUGUAAUGUAUAAAGCUUUUUUUGCAUUAUAAGGCUGUACAGGGUCAUUUUGACAGUAAUUAGUAUAUUUCUCUGCAUCUUACGUUGCAUUGCCAAUUUCUAGUGUAUCCAGUUUGGAAGUAUAUAUACUCAAAUUAAAGCAAAGUUGUCUAUA